AUGGACAGAAGAAAAGCAUGCUUGUUGCUGGUGUUUUGGACUGCGGCCCAUCUCAGCCUUCCAGGGGAGGGGCUUAGGGCUCUGAGGAGGACUACUGGGGGGCGGAGGGGGUCCUCGGGACUCACGGGAGAGGACGCCCAUGGAGUGCCGCUCCGGCGGUCCAAACGAGGCUGGAUGUGGAACCAUUUCUUUUUGCUGGAGGAGUACACGGGGACGGACAUGCAGUAUGUUGGAAAGCUUCACUCGGAUGACGAUAAAGGCGACGGCAGCGUGAGGUAUGUUCUCACCGGCGAGGGCGCGGGAACUUUGUUCAAGAUUGACGAGAAGUCUGGCGACAUCCACGCCACCAAGAGGCUGGACAGGGAAGAGAAGGCCUACUAUAUCCUCCACGCCAAGGCCGUCAACCGCUACUCCAACAUGCCGCUGGAGGGCGAGUCCGAGUUCAUUAUCAAGAUCCACGAUAUCAACGACAACGAACCCAAGUUCACCAAGAACCCGUACUUUGCCAGCGUGCCCGAGAUGUCUUACAUUGGCACCUCUGUUAUUCAGGUGACUGCCACGGACGCCGAUGACGCCACGUACGGGAACAGCAGGGUGGUGUACAGCAUUCUGGAGGGCCAGCCGUACUUUUCCGUGGAUCCGGAGACGGGUCAGUGUUGGCGGGCUUUCGGACAGCUUCACGCCACGCCGCUGGACUACGAGAAGAAGAGGCAGUACAUUCUGCACUUGCAGGUGGAGAACACCAACACGAACACCCACCACAUGUCCAUGAGCUUCAGGGACGAGGCCACCGUCAAGAUCCUGGUGGAGGAUGUGGACGAGCCGCCGGUGUUCGAACAUGCCAGCUACGUGAUGGAGGUCAAAGAGGACGCCCAUGAGAACACCGUCAUCAGCUCUGUCAGCGCCUCGGACCCCGACGCGAACCGCAGCCCUGUCAGGUACGCCAUUGAUCGACGGACAGACAUGGACAGGGUGUUCAAUGUGCAUGCAGGCAACGGGUCAGUGUUCCUCCUCAGGGAUCUGGACAGAGAGGAGAACGCCUGGCACAACAUCUCCAUCAUCGCCACAGAGUUCAACAAACCUCGGCAGAUGAGCCGCGUGCCCGUCUACAUCCGAGUCCUGGACGUCAACGACAACGCCCCGACCUUCGCCACCGACUACGAGACGUUCAUCUGCGAGAACACCGAGGCCAAUCAGAGGAUCCAGACAGUGAGCGCCAUGGAUCCGGAUCAACCUAUUGGAGGACAUCGAUUUUUCUUCAGCCUGGCACCGGAGGCUUCUGGGAAGGCCAACUUCUCUGUCCGUGACAACAAAGACAACACGGCGUCCAUCGUGACGCGGAGGACCAGCUACAGCAGCCCGCAGAAGAACGUCUACCUGGUGCCCGUGGUCAUCUCGGACGGCGAGUUCCCCAUGCAGAGCAGCACCAACACGCUGACCGUCCGGGUGUGCACCUGCGACCGCGAGGGCAACACCAAGCUGUGCAACGCCGAGGCGCUGAUGGGGCGGGCGGGGCUCAGCACAGGCGCCCUGGUGGCCAUCUUGGUCUGCGUCGUCAUCCUGUUGCUGAUCGUGGUGCUGUUCGCUGCCCUGAGGAGGCAGAGGAAGAAGGAGCCUCUGAUCAUCUCCAAAGAGGACGUCAGAGACAACGUUGUCAGCUACAACGAUGAAGGAGGCGGAGAGGAGGACACCCAGGCCUUUGAUAUCGGCACGCUCCGCAACCCAGAGGCCAUCGAGGAGAGCAAGCAGAGGAGGGACAUUGUCCCCGAGAGCUUCUACUCCCCGGUGCCACGGCCCACGUUGCCGCCCCCGAGCCAGACGAACAACGGCGACGUGAAGGAAUUCAUCAACCAGCGGCUCCUGGAGAACGACAGCGACCCCACGGCGCCCCCCUACGACUCCCUGGCCACCUAUGCCUACGAGGGCAACGGCUCGGUCGCGGAGUCCCUCAGCUCGCUGGAGUCGGUCACCACGGAUGGCGACCAGGACUACAACUACUUGAGCGAAUGGGGGCCCCGGUUUAAGAAACUGGCGGAUAUGUACGGGGGCGACGACAGCGAUAGGGAUUCAUAA